AUGGCAGAGGGGGACAUGUUCGAGGCGCUGCUCCACCUGGAGGACAGGCUGGUGCAGGAGGGGCUGCAAAACGGCCGCCUCAAUGCCCACCAGGUGGCCUUUGACGACGGACGCCAGCUGGGGCUGGCCAAGGGGGCCGAGAUGGGCCACGAGCUGGGCUUCUACUUUGGCCACCUCCUCUUGUGGCGCUGCCUCCACCCACCACCACCACCACCACCAUCGGCAGUCAUAGUAGUAGUAGUCGAGGGAGCUGGCGACGAGAAGCAGAAGCAGCACGUGCAUCGGCGUGCGGUGGAGGCUCUGGGGAAGCUGCAGGAGCUCGUGUGCUCGUUCCCGCGAGACCCCACCAGGGAGGACCUGUUCGAGCUGCUGGACCGCAUCCGCGGCAAAUACCGCCAGACGGCCUCUCUCCUCAAGGCCCCGCCCGCAUGGGCACGCUAUCCCGGCUACCCCACCGCCGCCGCCGCCACCUCCUCCUCAGCGACCCCCCUCCCCUCCGCCGAUGACGGCCAACCGGCGGCCUCGCCCUCCUCCUCCUCCGCCAGCAGCAGCAGCAGCAGCAACACACGGCUGGCCUUCUGA